UGGGCGGCGGAUCGCGCGCAGGGCGGUGGCUUGGACCGGCCGAGCCAUGGCGGCCCCGGAGCUGGGGCCGAGGCGGGGCCGGGAGCGGGAACGGGAGGACGAGAGUGAGGACGAAAGCGACAUUCUGGAAGAGAGCCCGUGCGGCCGCUGGCAGAAGCGGCGGGAGCAGGUGAAUCAGGGAAACAUGCCGGGGGUCCAGAGCACGUUCCUGGCCAUGGACACUGAGGAGGGGGUGGAGGUGGUGUGGAACGAGUUGCACUUCGCUGACAGGAAGGCCUUCUUGGUCCAUGAGGAGAAGAUUCAGACCAUGUUUGAGCAGCUGGCGCUGGUAGACCACCCCAAUAUUGUCAAGCUGCAUAAGUACUGGCUGGAUGCCUCAGAGUCCCGAGCGCGGGUCAUCUUCAUCACAGAGUACGUGUCGUCAGGCAGCCUCAAGCAAUUCCUCAAAAAGACCAAAAAGAACCACAAGGCCAUGAAUGCCAGGGCCUGGAAGCGCUGGUGCACACAGAUCCUGUCUGCACUCAGCUUCCUGCACGCCUGCAGCCCCCCCAUCAUCCAUGGAAACCUGACCAGCGACACCAUCUUCAUCCAGCACAAUGGCCUCAUCAAGAUUGGCUCCGUGUGGCACCGGAUCUUCUCCAACGCGCUCCCUGACGAUCUUCGAAGUCCCAUCCGUGUUGAGCGGGAGGAACCUCGGAACCUGCACUUCUUCCCGCCAGAGUAUGGAGAGGCUGCCGAUGGCACUGCCAUGGACAUCUUCUCCUUUGGGAUGUGUGCACUAGAGAUGGCUGUGCUGGAGAUCCAGGCCAACGGGGACACCCGAGUCACAGAGGAGGCCAUCACUCGUGCCAGGCACUCACUGAGUGACCCCAACAUGCGGGAGUUCAUCCUCUCCUGCCUAGCCCGGGACCCUGCCCGCCGGCCCUCUGCCCACAACCUCCUCUUCCACCGCGUGCUGUUCGAGGUGCACUCAUUGAAGCUCCUGGCUGCCCACUGCUUCAUCCAGCACCAGUACCUCAUGCCUGAGAAUGUGGUGGAGGAAAAGACCAAGGCGAUGGACACACACGCAGUCCUGGCGGAGAUCCCCCGGCCCCCCCGGCCCCCGCUGCAGUGGCGGUACUCAGAAGUCUCCUGCUUAGAGCUCGACAAGUUCCUGGAGGACGUCAGGAAUGGGAUCUACCCGCUGAUGAACUUCGCUGCUGCCCGGCCCCUGGGGCUGCCCCGUGUGCUGGCCCCACCCCCCGAGGAAGCCCCAAAGGCCAAGACCCCGACGCCAGAGCCUUUUGACUCAGAGACCAGAAAGGUGAUCCAGAUGCAGUGUAACCUGGAGAGGAGUGAGGACCAGGCACGCUGGCACCUCACUCUGCUCCUGGUGCUGGAAGACCGGCUUCAUCGACAGCUCACCUACGACCUGCUCCCAACCGACAGUGCCCAAGACCUGGCCGCCGAGCUGGUGCACUACGGCUUCGUCCACGAGGACGAUCGGCCGAAGCUGGCCGCCUUCCUGGACAGCACCUUCCUCAAGUACCGUGGAGCUCAGCCGUGACCUUGAUCCAUACACCUCAGGGCGCCAAGCCCCCUGGAAGCUGACUUCAUGGCUCCCUGGGGAAGCUUGGCAUUGGCCCCUGCAGUUGGGUGGGGAACCAGGGUCCCUGUCUGCCUGUGUGCCUGCUAGUGAGAACCUCCCUUCGCAUAGCUCCCGCAGCCCUGGGGUGGGGCUGAGGGUGGCGGGGUCCGGCCCACCAGGGGUGAGGGAGCCGGUGCUGGGGGACUGGUUAGCUGCUGCGUGUCCUUAGGAGCAGGAUGUCCGGUGCAGUCAGCUUCCACAAUUUCCUGGCCGUGUGGUCACGAAGGGGCUGCCGCACAGGGAACCAUGCAUAGUGCUGGGGGCUGAGGGGUGGGGUCAGCCCUGGAGAGCUGUGCGCCCAGGGAAACGCUCCAUCGCAAGUUGGUGCCACUGACCCACAUGAGGAACCACCACCUUAAACUGAUGGUAAAGCACCUGCAAGUGUUGGGUACCGUGCUGGGCUAGGGGCGUAGCCAUGACCUGGAAGCUCGUGUGGCUCUUGCCCCCUGCCUCCCAUCCAGGGCAGACCCACUUCCGAGCCCCUCUCUGGCUCCUGCAGCCCCUACAAAGAGCUGUUCUCUGUUCGCGUUCCCUGGCCAGAGUGGUCCAUGUCAGAUGCCCUCCCUGCUCCUCCCCAGCUCCCCCUACUCGUGCUACAUCCCUGGGUCCUGGGGAUAUCAGUGCCCCCUCCAUUUGCAAAUGUAAUUAAUCACUCUUGAACAUUUAAAACCGCAUGUAUAAAUUUAGCACAUUCAGGUUUCUAAGUGUUUGAAAUGUCAAACAAGAAAAGCCUACCACUGUAUUAGUUCUCUGUUGUUGCUGUAGUUUUUUACUACAAACUCAGUGGCUUAAACCAACACAUGUAUUAGUUCUGUAGGUCAGAAAUCUGGCGCAGAUCCCAUCAGACUAACAGCAAGGUAUUGUCACUCCUUUCUGGAGGUUCUUGGGGAGAAACCAUUUCCUACUCCUUCACGUUCUCAGCCUGCAGGUUCAGGAGCACGCAGGGCACUGGGCAGGAAUUCAGUUCCUUGCAGUGAUGGGGCCAAGGUUCCCAUCACCUGAACUGUGUGUCUGGUUUUCUGCAGCCAGGAAAGCUUCGUGUGAUUAGGUUGGGUCCACCUGGAUAAUCCGGGAUAAUCUCCCAUCUCAUGGUCCUUAAUCUUAAUCAUAUGUGCAAAAUACUUUUCACCAAGUAAAGUAAUAUUCCCAGGUUCUGGGGGUUAGGACAUGGACAUCUUUGUCAUCCCACCUGCCACACCACCCCAACCAAAACCCCAAACCAACACCCCUUACCAAGACAUGUCAGAUUCCAUGUACAAAUAUGGUGAAUCUCAAGUUAUUUUAAAUGUUCCAGUACUCUACAAAAUUAUUCAAGUUCUUAAACCUUUCAGUUUAAAGUUACGCUUUAAAAUAACUUACACAUCUACUUGGAAAUCCUGAUGCCAAGCUGUCUGAUUCUGCAUCGUCUGAAACAGUUGGGAGUGUCCAAUGCAUAACAGAUUGUACCAGAGA